AUUGUGGGAUAGUGGCGGUCGGAGCCGGGCGUCUGAGGCCCUGAAGGCGACUGCAAAGCCCGGGAGCCUCGCCGGUGUGGGGAAGGGGGCGGUGGAGGAAGUGGGCCUUGGCUUCCGUCAGCCGUUGCUCAGCACUGCGGCCUGUUCGGACUGCGGAGUAGGACGCCUUCUGUGACCGGCCCUUUUCCGCGGGGCGCGCCGGGCUGGGGAAACCGGGGCGACAUCCUAGCUGAGGGCCUACGCGGGCCUCGCGACCUCGCCAACCUCCCUCAGACACCUCGCCUGCGGGCCCCGGACCCCCGCCACGCGCGGCCGGCGCUGACCCCCGAAACUCUGGAACUCGGCACGCGAGGGCCCCCGUAGGCCCGAGACGCUUGCGCGAGCCCCGGCACCAGGGCGAGACCCCGCCGCCGCCCCCCGCCCCUACAUACCGGCUCCCUGAGGAGGGGCCGGAGCCGCCGGCGGCGGGGCGGGGGGGGCGCCCCGAUGAGCCCCGAGUGCGAGGAGCCGCCGCCCCCCCGCGCAGGGCGCCAUGUUUUGGAAGUUUGACCUGCACACGAGCUCGCACCUCGACACGCUGCUGGAGCGGGAGGACCUGAGCCUGCCCGAGCUGCUGGACGAGGAGGACGUGCUGCAGGAGUGCAAGGUCGUCAACCGAAAGCUGCUGGACUUUCUGCUGCAGCCGCCACACCUGCAGGCCAUGGUGGCCUGGGUCACCCAGGAGCCACCGGCCAGCGGCGAGGAGCGGCUGCGCUACAAGUACCCCAGCGUGGCCUGCGAGAUCCUGACGUCGGACGUGCCCCAGAUCAACGACGCGCUGGGUGCGGACGAGUCCCUCCUGCACCGGCUUUACGGCUUCCUGCAGAGCAGCGGCAGACUCAACCCGCUGCUGGCCAGCUUCUUCAGCAAGGUCAUGGGCGUCCUCAUCAACCGCAAGACCGACCAGCUCGUGUCCUUCUUGCGGAAGAAGGACGAUUUUGUGGACCUGCUGCUGCAGCACAUCGGCACCUCGGCCAUCAUGGACCUCCUGCUGCGCCUCCUCACCUGCGUGGAGCGGCCGCAGCUGAGGCAGGACGUGGUCAACUGGCUCAACGAGGAGAAGAUCGUCCAGCGGCUCAUCGAGCAGAUCCACCCAUCGAAGGACGACAAUCAACAUUCCAACGCCUCCCAGUCCCUGUGCGAUAUCGUCCGCCUGAGCCAGGAGCAGAUGAUCCAAGUGCAGGACAGCCCGGAGCCUGACCAGCUGUUGGCCACCCUGGAGAAGCAGGAGACGAUCGAGCAGCUUCUGAGCAACAUGUUGGAGGGGGAGCAGAGCCCGUCUGUCAUUGUGAGCGGGAUCCAGGUGCUACUGACGCUGCUGGAGCCCAGGAGGCCCAGGUCCGAGUCUGUGACUGUGAACAACUUCUUCAGCAGCGUGGAUGGGCAGCUGGAGCUUCUAGCCCAGACACCCCUGGACAACGCCGUGUCCAGCGUGGGGACCCUGCAUGCCCUGCGCCCACGGCUCAGCCGCUUCCACCAACUCCUGCUAGAGCCGCCUGAGCUGGAGCCGCUGCGCACGACAUGGGGCAGCCUGGCCCCGCCGCUGGGCAACACGCGGUUGCACGUGGUCAAGCUGCUGGCCAGCGCCCUGAGCGCCAGCGACGCGGCCCUGACCCAGGAGCUCCUGGCGCUGGACGUGCCCAACACCCUUCUGGACCUCUUCUUCCACUAUGUGUUCAACAAUUUUUUGCACGCCCAAGUGGAGGUGUGUGUGAGCACUAUGCUGAGCUCUGGACCUCCUUCCAACAGCAGCUCUGACGCGCCUGCCCAGAACCCUGUCGUGAAACACCUGCUGCAGCAGUGCCGCCUGGUGGAGCGCAUUCUGACUUCCUGGGAGGAGAACGACCGCGUGCAGUCCGCAGGGGGCCCUCGGAAAGGCUACAUGGGCCACUUGACAAGGGUGGCCAACGCCCUGGCGCAGAACUCGGAGAAGGGGCCCAACGCCGAGCAGCUGGGGCAGCUGCUGAAGGAGCUGCCAGAGGAGCAGCGGGAGCGGUGGGAGGCGUUCGUGUCGGGACCCCUGGCGGAGACCAACAAGAAGAACACCGUGGACCUGGUGAACACCCACCACCUGCACUCCUCCAGCGACGAUGAGGAAGACAGGCUCAAGGAGUUGAACUUCCCGGAGGAGGCAGUGCUGCAGCAGGCCUUCAUGGACUUCCAGAUGCAGCGCAUGACCUCAGCCUUCAUCGACCACUUUGGCUUCAACGACGAGGAGUUUGGGGAGCAGGAGGAGAGCGUGAACGCGCCUUUCGACAAGACGGCCAACAUCACCUUCUCCCUCAACGCAGAUGACGACAGCCCCAACGCCAACCUGCUUGAGAUAUGCUACAAGGACCGGAUCCAGCAGUUCGAUGAUGAGGAGGAGGACGAGGAAGAGGGCCAGGGUUCAGGGGGGUCUGAUGGAGAGGAUGGUGCCUGGCAGGGCGGCCAGCUGGCCAGGGGGGCCCGCCUGGGCCAGCCCCCAGGUGUGCGGAGCGGAGGCAGCACAGACAGCGAGGAGGACGAGGACGAUGAGGAGGACGAGGACGACGAGGAUGGUGACCGGCGGGUGGCCCGUGGCAGGGCUGGGCCCACCCCUCAUCCCAGCCCCGGGCCCCAGCCUCCAGGCCCCAGCUGGACAGCUACCUUUGACCCAGUGCCUGUGGAUGCCCCAACUGGCCCCCAAGCCUGCAGGGAGAAGGAACCGCACUCUGGGCCCCCUGCCCCACAGGAGCCCCGCAGCGGGCCCCCAGACCUCCCUGCCCCGAGCCCAGCUGGCCCUGCGGCCCCCAGCACCCUGCAGCUCAGGUCUCAGGAUCCCAUCCCUUCCUCAGCACCUCAGGAAGCCACAGACGGCAGCAAAGUAGCGGAGCCCUCGGCCCCCUGCCAGGCCUUGGUCAGUGUUGGGGACCUCCAGGCCACCCUCAGAGGGACGCACUCCGCCCCCAGCUCCUUGGACAGUGCAACCAGAGACCCUGCUACCUCUGUCCCGGCCCCCAGGGCCCACCAGCCCCCCCAGACCACAGAGGGGGUGAAGAGCCCAGAGUCCUUGGGGCUCCCCCAAAGCCAGAGUGCCCUGGCCCUCGAGCCACUUCGGAUGCCCAAUGGCUCUGCCCCAGGAGGGCCGGCGUCCCCGGGCUCCCAGUAACUGCCUGGUCCCAGUGGUGGCCGCCAAAUCCUCCGUACUCCACGUGGACCCUGUCCGGGUGGGGGCAGGGCAGGUUCCGCAGUGGCCCUGUUGCCCCAUCACCCCAUCCCUACCC